AUGAGUAGCUACUACUCCGACUCGGACGACCUGGACAUACGAGUCUCGAGGCGUCGAGCGCCGUCGCCUUCACAGGUUCACUAUGUCGAGGCGAGACCGAGACCCAGUAGGAAUUACUACCCAUCGGCAGGUCAACAGUCUAGCUUCUUGGUCCCAGAGCGCACAGUCAUUGCCACCCGCACCCGAUCAAGAGAACGAUCUCGCGAGCGCCAUUCUCCUCCACCGAGUGGCGCCGCCCCGGCUCCAGCUCCGGCCCCGGCUCCUGUGAUUAUCAACAACCGUAUCUAUAACGAGCACUCAUCCGAUGAUGAGGACGGUCGCCACAUGCAGGUCUACCACACCCGCCACCGAUCUCACUCCCGUGGCCCCUCGUCUCAUUCCCGGUCGCCUUCGUCCUCUUACAUGACCCGGGAUGAUUACGAGGCAGAACGGGCUCUGCAAGAGCUUGCAGAACUAAGAAUAUCUCAGGCUCGCGAGAAAGAAGAACGCCGGGUGCAAAAGGAGUUCCGAGAGGAGGCCGAGCUCCAGCGCGCCAAGCGCGACCUCGAAGAUAUCCGAAUCCGUGAGGCUCGUGCUGCCGAAGAACAGCGCUUCAAAACCAAAAUCGAGUUAGAAAAGUACCAAGAAGAGAUACGUAAGGAAGACCUGUCCAAGAAGCGAGAAAAGGAGGCUGCCGAUGCUGUGGAGCGCUAUAAGAGGAAGGAACAUGAACGACUUGCGCAAGAGAAGAGGGAGAAGGAGGAACGUGAAAAGGAGUUCCAGAAGAGGCUCAAGGAAGAACGUCAAAAGGAAAUGGACAAGCUGGCCAAGGAAAAAAAGGAGAAAGAGGAACGUGAAAAGGAGUAUCAGAGACGCCUACAGGAGGACCUGCGCAAAUCAGGUCUCGACGACAAGGCCAUUGCUGCCAUCCUUAAGAAGGAGAAGAUCCCGGAGCCACCGAGGCAAAGACCAAACCAACACGACAACGCGCUCGUUGCGGGGAGUCGCCCAACCUACACGCGUAUGGCUCGGAAGCAUUUGUCAAUUGAAACAUUGAGAACAUAUCAGGUCGAAUGGGAGCUUGAUGUUGUAAGCAGAAUAAGAACGCAAGUGUCCCCUAUUGCAUCUGCUGACUUGCCUAAGGAUCCCGAUUAUGUGCUGAUCAGACGGUGGGUCCCGGAAUGGGAGCAGGACACCCUUUGGAGGCAUACAAGGUCGAUUCGUGAGAAGCGUUCAUCUAAGCUUAUACUCGAGAUCGAGGACAAAAAGUCGCACCGCCACGAACCAGAGUUCGAAUGGGUCAGGAAGAAGAGUGAGCGCAAGAGAAGCAAAUCGCCCGCACUGCUCAUGUAUCUUGCAGGGGCGAAACCAGCAUAA